AUGAGGUUGAUUGAUCUUCCCAACAACGUCCUUGAUACCAUCUUGGACAACUGUGACCAGCAGUCACAGCUCACGUUGGCACGCAUGACUUAUUACUUACGCUUCCGGGUUUAUGAGUCUCUCUACAGAAAUAUAAUGGUGGUUGAAUCUGACCGCCAAUGGUACUGUGGUACAAAUGCUGACUCUCACGGCUGGACGCUUUUACCGGCUGCAAAACUACAUCAAUUUGCGGACUGUCUCAAUUUAGUCACUUUUAGGUUUAUUCGCAAGUUUGUCGUCAACACACAUGGGAAUGAUAACGAUAGCAGUUUGCUUUAUUUAUACGAUAGAAUGGCGACGUUUUGGAGCCAGCUUCCCCACACACUUUGCAUGAUCAACCACGAUGUCUUAAGUUUACGUUGCGUUCGUUCCCUCACCAACUUUCUAGCACUGAACUCCGUGCAGUGCAUUGAUAACGAAGACGAAGACAAUUGUGAAGUGAAGAGAAAAGAUCAAAAGGUCUUAAAUCUUCUGAACUGGUUUGUUUUUAGCACAAGCGAAUUCCUUGCGUUGCCCGCAAAUCCGAUCUUAGAGCAACUUAACAUGUACGUGGAGAGCAAUGCUUACCUCCAGAACACCGAGAACGUUCAGAGUGUGUUUUACGGUUCCUAUGAAGCUCCAACUCAGAAUUUGCGAAAUUUGAGCAGGCUUUAUUUGCAUUCUCCACUUGCUUUCCUUCGUUUCACCGAGAUGGCUGACAACCUCGGUGUAUCUAAUUUGAAAUUAAAGGUGUUUUCGAUCUCCACCUCGCAUCGUGCCCGUAAUAAUGCCAUUACCGAUUUUUACAAGAUACGUCACUACGUUGAUCUCAACCACCUCGAAGAGCUUGAACUUAAGAUGAACUGCACUCGUCUGCAUGAAUGCUCCGCUAGCUGCAUAUUUAGCUUCUUUGAAAGCUGGAAGCAGUAUAAUCAGUAUUAUGGAUUGAGUACAAAAUUGAAGAAGUUGGCGAUAGUGCAUUACAAGUCGUUGGGAGACACGGCGCAGUUUAAGAAUGUUGUUGAAAAUCAUGUUUUUAGCGAAUUGUUUGGAUCUUUGGAGGAGGUGUUCAUAAAUUUGUCGGACUCGGUAAAGUCGACCAAUGAUCAGUACAGCAUUGACGUAUCGAAAGUGUGCUCGCAACUUCACAAUGUGCCUAAUCUCACAAGCCUCCACAUUUCGAGCUUCAUGAAUGAGUGGGUUAGUCACCUCCCUCAGUUGUUUGACAAACGUACCACGACUUCUCAGGAUCUCUUGGUGAACCAAUGCAAUUGUGAUAAUUGCAACUAUUCAAGAUCCUAUUUCGUGGAACUCGCUCGCUUGGACAAGUCAAAUAAUUAUAGCCAUAAGGGAAAGCCUUCAGAUGUUGAAAUCACCUCUGCGGAAGUCACGACCAGUGUUGAUUUCUCUGAGAUUGCUAAUAUCAAGUUCUUGCAGUAUGUCGCUGGUCAGUUCCGAAGACAAGAACAUUGCAUGGAGAGGAACCUUCACUCCGUUGGCUCCAUGCUUAACAUGCACGAGAUGCCUUUAGAAAGCAACGAGGAAACAAACAAAUUCCUGUCUCUCUUAAUGCAUUCAUGUCUCAAUGAUUUCGCUGCCCUAUUGGUGCAACAUGCCCCCAAGCUUCGGAUGCUCAACCUUGGUGGCGUAUGUAUUCAUACAUAG